AUGCAGUGGGCUUUGACAAGAGACCGCAUUGCUUCUUCAGAGCUUCAGCAGACACUUCACAAACAUCAGAAGCAUAUCCAUGCCCAAAGUGCAUUGUGGCUUUCGAGGACACAAGCUUUGAGCUAUUACAGGCUGCAGUGCCGUGGAGGGUUCCCUGUAAAGGCAGACAUUCUUGGAGAGCGCAGUAUCUUUUAUUUCACAGAGUACACCUUGAGGGAGCGGCGCGCGCUGCUAAAUAUGCAUUCGCUUCCGAUGAAUAAAAUGAACAAAUGGAUGCUGCUGACAGGUGCUGCCGGUGGACCUCCUGCUUGGACUGCGGCGACGUUGGAACAGUACACUCAGGCCUCUCUUUUUGCUUCCGGAGAAAACACCUCCGAAACAGCUUUACUUGUGGACGCAACCGUGGCGGUCCCGUCCUCACCAUCACAUACUGUCAUUAUUUUCAAUGCGCAGGAGACAUCCAAUCCUUUUCUUAUUGAUGACACGCUUCAGCACACACACUUCGUGACGGGAGCUUCAUUUUCACAUGUUGUGGGGAGCUCACUUUCGACUGUGUGGUCACAAUUUGGGUACACAUCCCUGAAAUGGCUUCCCGCGAGUGAGAGGAACGACUUUAAGCACAUCGCUGUGCUGCCGGGACAAGAGCCCCACAGGGUGUUUGAUCUCGAGCCCGUGGUUUUGGUUCAUUUGAGUCAAACAUCCAAUGAGCAUCAAAAGACGAUUCUGCAAGCCGUUCCCCGUUGGGUUCUUUUACGUUCGUUGAGAGUACCCCUUGUAUUUUUCGGAGGACGUUGGCUGACGGGGCGCCAGAUGAAUUUGGAUGAGGAUUUGAAGAUCAAGCGGGACAGAGCAACAGCAGACAUGCUGAAGUUACCGGAGCGGCCUUUUUCAAUGAACACUCUGCCAGCGGAGCUUCCGUAUGAACUUUGGCUUUGGUAUGAUGACAGUUUUCCUUACACAGGCCUGCCGCAGAGACGGCACAUCAUUCACAACAGGUUUUUCUACAAUUCUUCACAACUUGUGGGUUAG